AUGGCAGAUUCCCACUGAGGCUGAGGGGGCCGAGCUCGCGCGCCGCGUUCCCUUCUCCGUUGCCAUGAACCGCGGACACCCCGGCCCCGAUGGCCCCCGUGUACGAAGGUAUGGCCUCACAUGUGCAAGUUUUCUCCCCUCACACCCUUCAAUCAAGUGCCUUCUGUAGUGUGAAGAAACUAAAAGUAGAGCCAAGUUCCAACUGGGACAUGACUGGGUACGGCUCCCACAGCAAAGUGUACAGCCAGAGCAAGAACAUACCACCUUCUCAGCCAGCCUCCACAACCGUCAGCACCUCCUUGCCGAUCCCAAACCCAAGCCUACCUUACGAGCAGACCAUCAUCUUCCCAGGAAGUACUGGACACAUAGUUGUAACAUCAGCAAGUAGCACUUCUGUCACCGGGCAAGUCCUCGGUGGACCACAUAACCUAAUGCGUCGAAGCACUGUGAGCCUCCUUGACACCUACCAAAAAUGUGGACUCAAGCGCAAGAGUGAGGAGAUUGAGAACACAAGCAGCGUGCAGAUCAUCGAAGAGCAUCCACCCAUGAUUCAGAAUAAUGCCAGCGGGGCCACUGUAGCCACUGCCACCACAUCCACUGCCACCUCCAAAAACAGUGGCUCCAACAGUGAAGGGGACUACCAGCUGGUGCAGCAUGAAGUGCUGUGUUCCAUGACCAACACCUAUGAGGUUUUAGAGUUCUUGGGGCGAGGGACAUUUGGGCAAGUGGUCAAGUGCUGGAAACGGGGCACCAAUGAAAUUGUGGCCAUUAAGAUCCUAAAGAACCACCCCUCCUAUGCCCGACAAGGCCAGAUUGAAGUGAGCAUCCUGGCCCGGCUGAGCACUGAGAGUGCUGAUGACUACAAUUUUGUGCGGGCCUAUGAGUGCUUCCAGCACAAGAACCACACAUGCUUAGUCUUUGAGAUGUUGGAGCAGAACCUCUAUGACUUUCUGAAACAGAACAAGUUUAGUCCCUUGCCCCUCAAGUAUAUUCGCCCAGUCCUCCAGCAGGUAGCCACAGCCCUGAUGAAACUCAAAAGCCUGGGUCUUAUCCAUGCUGACCUCAAACCAGAAAACAUCAUGCUGGUGGAUCCAUCCAGACAACCAUACCGAGUGAAGGUCAUUGACUUUGGUUCAGCUAGUCAUGUAUCCAAAGCUGUCUGCUCUACAUACUUGCAAUCUAGAUACUACAGGGCCCCUGAGAUCAUCCUUGGUUUGCCAUUUUGUGAGGCAAUUGACAUGUGGUCCCUCGGUUGUGUCAUUGCUGAGCUGUUCCUGGGCUGGCCAUUAUACCCAGGUGCUUCUGAGUAUGAUCAGAUCCGGUAUAUUUCACAAACACAGGGUUUACCAGCUGAAUAUUUAUUAAGUGCAGGGACAAAGACAACUAGGUUUUUCAACCGUGACACAGACUCACCAUAUCCUUUGUGGAGGCUAAAGACACCAGAUGACCAUGAAGCAGAGACGGGGAUUAAAUCAAAAGAAGCAAGAAAGUACAUUUUCAACUGUUUGGAUGAUAUGGCCCAGGUGAACAUGACAACAGAUUUGGAAGGGAGUGACAUGUUAGUAGAGAAGGCAGACCGACGGGAGUUCAUUGACCUGUUAAAGAAGAUGCUGACCAUAGAUGCUGAUAAGAGGAUCACUCCCAUUGAAACUCUGAACCACCCCUUUGUCACCAUGACACACCUGCUCGAUUUUCCCCAUAGUACUCAUGUCAAGUCUUGUUUCCAAAACAUGGAGAUUUGCAAGCGCCGGGUGAAUAUGUACGACACAGUGAACCAGAGCAAAACCCCUUUCAUCACACAUGUGGCCCCCAGCACAUCUACCAACUUGACCAUGACCUUCAACAACCAGCUGACCACUGUCCACAACCAGGCUCCCACCUCCACCAGUGCCACUCUUUCCCUAGCCAAUCCCGAAGUCUCCAUACUAAACUACCAAUCUGCACUCUACCAGCCCUCAGCGGCAUCCAUGGCCGCCGUAGCCCAGCGGAGCAUGCCCCUGCAGACGGGAACAGCCCAAAUUUGUGCCCGACCUGACCCCUUCCAGCAAGCUCUCAUCGUGUGUCCACCUGGCUUCCAAGGCCUGCAGGCCUCUCCCUCCAAGCAUGCUGGCUACUCAGUGCGGAUGGAAAAUGCUGUUCCCAUCGUCACUCAGGCUCCAGGAGCUCAGCCUCUUCAGAUCCAACCAGGUCUGCUUGCUCAGGCCUGGCCAGGUGGGGCCCAGCAGAUCCUGCUUCCUCCAGCAUGGCAGCAGCUGACUGGCGUGGCCACCCAUACAUCUGUACAGCAUGCAGCUGUGAUUCCUGAGACCAUGGCAGGCACUCAGCAACUGGCUGACUGGAGGAACACACAUGCUCAUGGAAGCCAUUACAAUCCCAUCAUGCAGCAGCCUGCACUCUUGACUGGUCAUGUGACCCUUCCAGCUGCCCAGCCCUUAAAUGUGGGUGUAGCCCAUGUAAUGAGGCAACAACCAACCAGCACCACCUCCUCCAGGAAGAGUAAGCAGCACCAGUCAUCUGUGAGAAAUGUCUCCACCUGUGAGGUGACCUCUUCACAGGCUAUCAGCUCCCCUCAGCGGUCCAAGCGUGUCAAGGAGAACACUCCCCCACGGUGUGCUAUGGUACACAGCAGCCCAGCUUGCAGCACCUCAGUCACCUGUGGGUGGGGUGACGUGGCCUCCAGCACCACCAGGGAGCGACAGCGGCAGACGAUUGUCAUCCCCGACACCCCGAGCCCCACAGUCAGUGUCAUCACCAUCAGCAGUGACACAGAUGAAGAGGAAGAACAGAAGCAUGCCCCCACCAGCACAGUCUCCAAGCAAAGAAAAAAUGUCAUCAGCUGUGUCACAGUCCACGAUUCGCCCUACUCUGACUCCUCCAGCAACACCAGCCCCUACUCGGUGCAGCAGCGCAUAGGGCACAACGGCACCAAUACCUUGGACACCAAGGGGAGCCUAGAGAAUCACUGCACCGCCAACCCCCGCACCAUCAUCGUGCCCCCACUGAAGACCCAGGCCAGUGAAGUGUUGGUAGAAUGUGACAGCCUAGGGCCAGCGAUCAAUACCAGUCACCACGCGUCCUCCUUCAAGUCCAAGUCCUCCAGCACCGUGACCUCCACCAGUGGCCACUCUUCAGGGAGCUCCUCAGGAGCCAUCGCCUACCGUCAGCAGCGGCCAGGCCCCCACUUCCAGCAGCAGCAGCCUCUCAAUCUCAGCCAGGCUCAGCAGCACAUGGCUGCGGACCGCACUGGGAGUCACCGGCGACAGCAGGCCUACAUCACUCCCACCAUGGCCCAGGCUCCAUACACCUUCCCGCACAGCAGCCCCAGCCACGGCACUGUUCACCCCCACCUGGCUGCGGCCGCCCACCUCCCCGCCCAGCCUCACCUGUACACCUAUACAGCGCCCACAGCCCUGGGCUCCACCGGCACUGUAGCCCACCUGGUGGCAUCCCAAGGCUCAGCACGCCACACCGUGCAGCACACUGCCUAUCCGGCCGGCAUCGUCCACCAGGUCCCUGUGAGCAUGGGGCCCCGGGUCCUGCCCUCGCCCACCAUCCACCCCAGUCAAUAUCCGGCCCAGUUUGCCCACCAGGCCUACAUCAGCGCCUCGCCAGCCUCCACCGUCUACACUGGAUACCCUCUGAGUCCUGCCAAGGUCAACCAGUACCCUUACAUAUAAACACUGGAGGAGGCCCGCCAGGGAGGAGGGUGAGGAGGAGCUCCCAGACCGACCUGGGGAGCUGGGAUUUUCUACUGCAGGUGCCGCACACAAACAAUGCAAACGGGGCAGGGAGGGGGGCAGUUGGGGCACAAAUGAAACUUGAACCAGGAAGUGGGAGGGGUUAGAGAGGAGAACAUUUUAAAAGGAGGGGUGAGGAGGGGAAAUCUAUGCUUUUUAUUUAAAAAAAAAAGGAAAAAAAAGAAAAAGAAAAAUGUUAGUAACAAAAGAGGAAAAAAAGAAAAAAACCACAGCUCACAAACCCAUUCUGCACCAAACUGGAAAGGAGAAAAGGACCUACAGGAGACUCUGGAAGCAAGGGGCCCCAGUUUUUUGAAGAAUUUUAUGAACUUUUUAAAGAUUAUUUUCAUAUGGCAGCAAGUGGCAUUGAAGAAUUUGCUGUCAGGGACACCUGAUAUGGAAAUCCAAUAGAUUUUUAAUUAAUUGAACAUAAAAAUUAGGGAUUUUCCCAGAACUCCAAAAGGGUCAGCAUCCCUUUCAAAUGUCAGGCCAUGGCCUGAAGAGGCUCAGAUUUGGGGGUUGGUCUGGGGUUCGAAAAGCCCAGUUCUGGCUUAUUUGUCAGAAAGAGUGGAGUCGGCCAAACUAAUGGAAGAUCCCCCCAGGAGAAGGGCGGGUUUCCUCUUUCGGAGCAUUCUGGAUAAAUCCCUAAGCAAUGUUGUUCCUCAGAUGUCAUUAAUGAUGUAUGUUGCAAUUUUUAAUUUUUUUCUUCUCUCAGAUUUUUUUUCUCUUUGAACCAACCCCUAGUCGUGUAGCAUAGGGCUAGUGGUUGUCCUGGACACCCUAGAAGAAUGUAGCAGUGCGCCCCUGUUUCCUACCUUGUGUUCAACUCCAGUGAUACCAAUAGACUCUUCCUCAAUAUAAUUGCACAAACAGAGUGAUUUAACAUAGGCAUGGAACCAGUGUGGUGGUCCAGGUGAGCGAGUGAGUGUGCGAGCACGUGUGGGUGUGACGGGGCUGCCACCCUCCCCAUGUGUCCCUUGGCACCGCCGUCACAGCCCUUGCAGUCCUGAUUUUACAUCAUUCCCUCCUAGUGCCUUAACGACUGACAGAGACGCGGCAAAGGGUUUACUUCCACUGGUACUCCAAGAAACUGGUUGGGGCUGGUCAGAUGCCCUCAGCUCUUGUGUAAGCUGUUAUAGUAUUUUACUUGGGUCUUUGUUUUUGCAUUGUUUUAAUGUCAUGUGGAUUGUCUUUCCUGGGCUCUUUGUGAGCAGAAGGAUUUCAGAGGAGCUCGUGUAAGGCAAAGGGGAGACUCAUGGAUCUCAGGAGGGAGGUGGGCGCUGUGUGGUGCAGCACACUGGUGGCAGCUGGCUCUUUUGGUGAGUUUUACUUAGAGAGCAGAGAUCCAGAGAGACUCCUCACCCUGCCCUAGCUUUGCCAUGUAUGGUGCUAGGGAGUCUUAGGAAUGUCAGCUUUGCCAGGCAGCUGCCCCAGCCUCCAAGCCCAGCACCUCCUUCCUGGGGCCUUAUGGGGAGAGGGCAGGAGACAGUACCUCCCCAGUCCCUCCCUCUUUCAAGAAGCCUCUAGUCUCAGACGCAACCACAUCUCUCUGCACCAGCUCAGGAUCUAGUGAGGCUUCUGGUCUCUCCAGCUCUCUCCCCUACAGACCUCCACUGGUAAGUCUGCUGUCACUUCUGUCCUGAAAUUAACCUAGCUCUCCCUAGACAGUUUGAUCUCUGCUUUUGAGAGAGAGAUAAUGAGCAGAGGGCUGAAGGGACACUAAUGAGGUGGCCAGGGGUCCAUUGCACUGAGAAAACGCUGCCAUGGACAAUUGAGCCUCCAAAGAGAUCUACUGAGAGCCUCUGUGCACCUGUGUUGCAUUCUGGGUAUUUUCUCCAGCUUUGAACAGUGGAGUGGAUAGGAGUUGUCUGUUCCUACUGAGAAACUCUGAAGCCGUGGAUGUUAGAGAGCAAUCGGGUCCAGGAUGGGAUGAACUGUGUGGUCCUUUUGUGAGUCGUAGCUGUCCCCUCAUCCACCUCGCUGGGUACAAAGAGGUCUCUGGUCAGCAGUCCAGCAUCCUCCAGUCCCCCUCCCUUUCCUCCUGCUUUUGGCCCUGGUCUACUGUGAAAGGCUUUCCUCAUGAUACCUGUCCUCCUUCAGUAACGAAGCUUACUUAGCUUUUAGCUGUGAAAAACUCUGGAAACUUCCUCAACCAUUAAUUCUUUUAAAUCAAGUCCCCAAACUGGAUGUGUCGUCUCAGUGCACCUUGGGCCAGAAAGAAGAGUCGCCAGACUUGGGCAUGGUCUGACCCACUCCAGCCAAGGGCACUGGCAGUGGACUGAGUGACGCCAGCCUGUGGUAGGGAGCCCCACUUUUCUCAUCCUGGUCAGAACCACGUUAUUCCAAGCCGAGCUCUGGCUGGGAGUGAGACAACAGGAAGCUGUCCAUUCGGAGAGGAGUAAGGAGCGAAGCCUGUGGAGCCCCUGAGCCAGAGGCUGCUAGAGCCCCACCAGCAUGGAUGUCUGUCACAGGUGUUUCCAGCAGCUAGAGGGCAGCGUUUCCCAUGGGGCUGUCGCAUACUAAGUCACCAUACUAAAUGUCAGCUGAGUGGUCCUGGGCUUCCCGCCGGCCAGCGCUCUCUCGAGCUGGUCCUCCAGGGGAGGGCCAACCGUGCCCUUCAUCUCCUGUCUGCGUGAGUUGAAGUUUCUCACUCUUCCCCACGUCCUUCCCUUUCUCUCCCAGAUCAGGAAUGAGUAUUCCUUGCUGCUCAUAAGGUUAGUGUUGUACUGAUUUUUUGUAUUAUCGCCACUGUAAUUAUGAUUAUUAUCACCUGGUUGCUCUUUUAGUCAGGGUUUGAAGUAUACAUUGAUUCCAAGUAUCUUUGUGUUUUCUUCAUAAUAUUUAAAUUUAUUUUAUUCUAGCUGUAUGUAUAUGAGUAGGCUGGAGGGACAUAUAAGUUAGAUGUCUGAUUUUGUCAGAGGAAAGAAAAGGACAAAAAAAAAAAAAAAGGACAGGAAAGGCCCAGGAAUUAGGAAAGAUUGUUUUUAUCAACUCUGUCCUGCAAAGAGCUACAAGAAAGCCCUGUCACAAAGCAGAGAUUUGGAUACACUGGGGCCUUCCUCUGCACGGCCCAGCUGUGGUACACGGCCGCUGUCAGUGCAGUGUCUUUUGGACUCUUUGGCAGCUUCUCUCACAUUCUCUCUGCUCUCCUCCAGCUGUGAACUACUGACCAGAUUUUAGCCUCACAACUGACAUUUAGCAUAACAAGCCCCUCCCUCUCUCAGAGCCUCCAUUGGCCCUUUCCCCUCACUAUGUCCAUUAACGUACUUGGAGUGUGGCUUAUUUCUAUCUUCCUCAGUCCAGAGACGAUGGUCCCACCUGAAAGCCAUUAGGUUCAGUGGGCAACCAGUGCCACCUGUGAGAUAGUUCCCUCAUCUACUUCUUCCCCAGGCUUAUCCUCUGAGCACCCAAUUCUAGGUAGCCAAGUAAAGGAACAGGGAAGACACAAGACAGUCUCACAGAAAGGACCCCUUCUUCAUCACUGGCAAGUAAAGGGCACAGCAGGACCUUUUAGGCCACCCUGCUUCCGAGCUGUGGCUGUGCCCUGCACUGUGCUCAUGAGUGUGUAUACACAGCCCACUACCACUCAGAAACAACCAGGCCCCCAGUGAAGAAAGGAUUGAAGCAAUAGCUUCCCCACACAGAAGACAGCCACUCUGCAAAACUCAUCCCACAGCCACCCCUCCCUUGAUCUCAAGUCCCACAUUCAGAGCUGAUGCAUCAGAAGUACAGAGAAUCCCAGCUGAUGAGCAUCCUCACCUAGGAUCCCCUCGAGAUGCUCUGCACUGCAUCCCUUUAGCAAGAAGAAAGGCUGCUGUCCUUAGUACUGUCCUCCGGUGGAAGGAGGGCCACCUAGUUCUUACUAGACCAUGUGUCCGUGGUGCAUCCUCUGGGCCUUCUUUAAUGAAGAUAAACUGUUCAGCAUGAGGAAGAUGAGGUCAGCGCAAGGAAACAGGUCUGUGGUACCUCGUGACCCUCAGGUCAGCAGACUCUGCUGCUGCUCGCUGGGUCCUGAGUGGGCCUGGGCACCCAUGUUUCUGCUAGAGCGUCGGGUGAUGUUUUAGGAAAGCAGAUGAGCAGGCCAGUAGGCAAGGCUGGUGUUAGUGCCAGUGAGCCCUGUGAAGUGGAUAUGUUUGAUGUGAUCCAGAGGAAAAGGGGGUGGGGUGGCCCAGUGUCCCUGACUGUAUUAAGUUUCUCCCCUUCCUGGUGACAAAGUUGUUAGCAGCUAUAAAAGCCAGCCUGGCUUUGUUUUCUUUGUCUAAGGACUAGAACUGACCAACCGGUGUGGAGCAGGUCAGGAAGGGAGGUUAACACGGCAGACUGGACCUCUCUGGACUGAGUCUCAGGUGUUGCAAACACUCAUUUUGAACAGUGUGUGGUGAAAGAGUGGGUUGGGUGAUCGGGAGUGAGUGGACUUUACGUUCUUGGAAACCAGAGUGAGGUGCUGAGGAGGCUUAGGGAAGUAUUGCAGGUGGUUCAUGAUGAUGAUGGUGACUGGAUCCCACCCUGUCCCUCCCUCUCCCAGGUUCUCCACAUCUGGCUGAGGGAGGGUCAGAUGUGGGUGUGGCUCUUGCUGGCCUGCCAAGUAGCUGCUAGGACCAAAAACAGAAAGAAGAUGGCUCGGUGCCCUCAGCUAGCAGACAGAAUUCCAUGAGACAAGCUCUCCUUUCAUUGCCCAGCCUGAGACUGCACAUACACACACACACACACACACACACACACACUGGCCCAGGGCCUCACAGGCUUUGCUCUUCACUCAUGUUUUUCCCUCUUCUUUGCUUUACAAAUUUUCAGUGGAGAAGCCUAAAGAUUAAGCAAGCCUGAGAUGUCCUUACCAAAUUGGAAAGUAAAACUGUCCCUUUCUAUAGCCAAAGAACCUUCUCAGAGAAGAUGGGCAGAUUCAUUCCCUGUUCCUUUCUGGGCAAUAAUGACUUCAAUGACCUUCCAUUUACCUUUCCUUGCUACCUGAUUUUUUUUUAAUUGCAUUAUUUCAAAACCACUCAUCUUUAAAGAGGAGUGGAGUAGUGGCCCUAAAUGCUGCUACUCCAGGGAAUUGAUAUUCCUCUAGUUCUCAUUUGUGGUUAAUUGUCUAAUGCUACUGUGGGAAGCUAGAAAACAAGCAAGCAACCUUCCCUGAUGACCCCACACUGUAUCCCAGGCUUAGGAUGUGUGUAGGGCUGGCUGGCGAUGGCAGGCUCGACCCACUUGCCUAGUCUCCACAGACAGAUUCAGACAAGUCCGUCAAGCCACUGGAGAACCAAAGAUGGCAAGAUAAGGCUUACUUAAUUGCAAAAGGAACCUCAUGAACUCUGGCACUAGGGCUCACUGUAGUAACGGCCUGAGGGAAGGUUUCCCGAGGCUUUGGGGUAACUCCUGAGAAAUAGCUCCAACCAGUCUCUUCCCUUCUGACUCAGAGCUGCCAGAAAAGAGAUCUUGGAAAUUCUCUGUCACAGAACCUCCAUGCUUCCUGCCUUCUAAGCUGGAACCCCUCCCCAUUCCCCAAUCCUUUCAGGGUCCCUCAUCUCAGACCCAUGUAGGAGGACAUCAUACUGACUGUCUCUUGAUGCACAAUAGCAGUCUCCCUUGUGUAAGGACUCACUGACUUUUGUUGAGUAUUCACAGCACGCCAAGUCCUUUCUCAGUGUUCUCUCCAAGACCCAUCCCUGGGAAGAAGUCAACACCCCCUAUGGGACAGAUGGAAAGGCUGGCCCUCUGAGGAAGUGGCAUGUGUGAAAGAGAAAUAUGAUGCAGCUCAGAGCCCCCACGUUCCUAAUCCUGGUUUUGUUAAUCAGGACGUUCCUGAUGUGAAGUUUUGUUUCCCUGUUUAACUAACUGCAGUGUGCAGCCUCCUGUCUCUAAUGAGCCAUUGAAUGAUGCUCCCAUUUCCUGUGUGCAUUCCAAGCACUGUGCUAAGAAGUGUGGAUGAGCCCAGGCCACCAGCCAUGCAGUACCUGUACAGAUGAGGCACCUGGCACUUGCCCAGGCCACCUCGCUUGUAAGAAGGGAAGUCAGGGCUUGACAUUCUGUCUGCUUGGCUCUGGAGCUGGGCUCACAGACACCAGCCUCAGCUGCCUCCCUUGUAUAACAAGGACAGUCCUUUAUAGAAUGUCACGCCCUGCCUGCCCUGUGUGACAGUGGACGCCAGCAGGUAUGUGCAAAGAGGGUUCCUGGACUGGAUGCGGGUGGAAGAGGCAGAGUUUGACUUAAGUCUCUGGGAAGUUUCUCUGGAUUCCUAGAAUUCCUCUCAGUUUCUUCCCAGCAACCAGCUUUAGUCAUCCACGCUGCUGCAGCUCUUAUGAGAGUGAAGGGAAAGUGUUCUUUCUUUUAAAUAAAUACUUAAAUAAAGAUUUUUUUUCUUGCUUAGUUAAUCCUAGAAAGGCAAUACUAAAAGUAUAUAUUUUUUUUCCAAAAUGCUAUUUUUUAACUGUACUUGAUAAAUGUCAUGACAGCUCUGAUCUCUGUAAUAGGCCUGCCCUUCAGCUCUGCACAGAACCAGAAGCCAGGUUCAAGCCAAAUCUGUAAAUACCAUGUAGGUCUGUGUCCAGGAACUUUUUUUCUAUGAAGAAACAAACAAAAACAAAAAAUAAAAAAACAAAACAAAAAACAAAAAAAAGGGGAGGGAGAUGAAGGCAAGAUGAGUUUUCGGAAGAGGAACAAAAUUGAGUUUUCAUGCAAGAGACGCCCUUCUCAGAGAGAAGCAAAACGGUCAGAGCAGCCUCGGGAUGAGAGGCGGCACCUCAGGCUGGGUUCAGUGCUGUGCCGAGGUUUCUGUUCACUUGACAGAUGACAAAAUCUAGAAAUGCUCUAGGGGCUAGGCUUUAACGUCUUCAAACUCUGUUUCGGGUGAGUUUCUUGUUUCUCUUUUCUUUUAAAAAUGUCUUUACUGACUGGCUCCAGGCUUGUUUGCCUAAAUUCUUAGGUCGUUUACACAAGUUCUAAAUUCUUGUAGAACUUUAAAUCCAUUGGAAGCAAACCCAGCUAGUGUAGAUCUGAGACCCUGGUUGGUGUCAGCAGGUGUUCUGGAACUGGGGCAGAGCACCUAACAAUGUCUUCAGAAGGUUUAGCUAUAUUAUCGUACACAAACUGUGACCCUAAUGGCAAUAAUUACCUCAAAUGUGGGCAUUCGUCCUGGUUUAGCCUUUUUUGAAAUCAUGUAGCCAGCUUGAUCUUGUGAUUUAAAAAGACAAUGAAUUGUUCUCUGUGGGCUGAAAGUAAGGAUUAAUGCGUACCCUGGUCACUGUUGCCUAAAUGAGUUCUGAGAAUAGAAUUCUCAUCAUUACACCAGAAGUGGAACCAAGAAGAAAUGAUUGUGCGUGUCAUAAUCAGUGUGCUGUCCUAGUGCACAGGAGCAUGGUUCUCAUGCUGUGACGUGCCCUUUGAUUUCUCCAUAUCAAGUAAACUAUACAAUUGACUAUAGAUACUCAAACAGACUUCUGGCUACAUUUUAUAGUUAAAGUAUUUUAUAGUUUACAUUCAACCUGGUACUUUUUAAAAAGAAAAUUGUUUAUAACUGACAUCUUCAACCACAGCGACUGACUGACUCGUGUGUUAGAGGCUGUGUCUCCCCAAGGCAGGCAUGUUCCACUCAUGCUGUUCCUUAGCCUGAUGUGUGUGUUUCCCUUAUUGUUGCUUCCCAGUGAACCUGAGAGAAUGUGAAAGGAAGUCUGGUGGGAAUGGGAAGGGGUGAGUCCUGAACCUGGGCCUGUAUGCAGAGUCCUGUGCCAUGUGUACCAGUGCUGGGGGCGUGGUGAGACUGAUUCCCUGCUUCGUCAACUUUGUCUCCAUGUGAAUGCUCCCUUUGUGACUAGACCACUCACCUGGCUCUGCAGGUGUGGCUGCUGUUUCUGGGUCCGCAGUGAACCUUGGUCAGCAUUUGGAGAGGGAGAGCCGUACCCCUGUACCCAUGUUCACUGACUGGAUUUUCCACACGUUGCUGUUUUUGUCAAUUUUUUUCUUUAAAACAAAACCCAUGUAAAAUAACAUGUACUUUAAUUUACCCAUUGCCUGGCUAAGAUGUGAAACCCAGUUCAGAAGAUGGCUUCGGAGCUGAAGGAGCUGGGAUGGGCAAUGCAGGAUGGUCCUUGGAGACUGGGUCCACAGGGGAUUUACAGUGAUGGAAACAGGCUUCAGAGACAAGAGCAACCUCCAUUGUUAGGCAAGAGAAACAGAAAAUGUCAAUUUCCCUGAAAGUUUUGUAAGGUUUGGGUUGGGUUUUUAUUGGGGUAUUUUGUUUUGUUAUGUCAUGUCUUUAAGACAGGUUCCCACCAUGUAGCCCUGGCUGGUCUAGAACUCACAAUGUGAGCUGGGUCUUGUUUGGUUUUGGUUUUCUCUUGUGCCACACUGAACUGUGGAGGCCCCGUGGUGACCUGUGGUGACUCCUCACCGCCAUGUUUGCUUUGCGCUCACAGCAUGCUCUUGUGAUCUGUUAGAAUGUCCUUGUUCUUCUCACAGUUCUUAGUCGUAUCUUAGGUGCACACUCACACGUGUGCGUGUGCGCGUGUCAUUUGCUUUGCACUAAUAAACCAAAUGAAUUUUGUCUCCUUGUCUUUGAAGCUAACCCAUGUUUUUAAAGGUGAGAGGUAUAGAAAUGGGCUUGUCAUUAUUUGAAAAGUAAAUUCACUGUAGCUUAAAAAAAAAAAAGGGCUCUGCUGUAGUUCUCUUUAGUUCCCGCCCACCCCAUUUCCAAAUGACUCCUGGCCCGGUCCCCACCUCUGAGUCCACUGCAGCUCCAUGCUCAGCCUCUCAGGACUCCCAGAAAGCUCAGCUCUGGGAGCCAUGCCCCUGCCUGCCUGCCGGGCUGCUGGCCCAUGGGUUUGCUCUUGCUGUCAGUUCUCUGCUCAGGUUAUGAGGAAGGACAUGGAAGUUGAAAGUGUCUUGGCUGUGCCAUCCUCUAGUUUUCUGUGACUGAGUGAGUACACACAGGCACACGUGCACGCGCGCGCGCACACACACACACACACACACACGUGCCCUUCAGGGCAGAGGUCCUGUUCAUACUGCCUCCAAGUCUGUUGGCUUCCUGCCCUCCAUAUCCCUCUCUCCUGUGUUACUGCCCAUUUAAUGCUGGCUUUCUUCCAUGGGUAACCUAGGGCACAAUCAUUUAUAGUCCCCAAAGCACCCUUCACCCCUUUGUGUGUGUUUUUUAACCAAAUGAAGUUGACGAGAAAGGCGUAUGUUGGGGCUGCAGGAUUCCUAGUGUAGUAGAAGCAUUGUAUAGAUAGAGAUGUUGAUAUAUAUGUUUGUGUAUAUAUAUAUCAAGCCAAAUUUCUGAUAGAAAAGUAUAGCUUUAUGGAUGAGAAGGAAAAGGAGCCCUUUAGAGGUUGGAGCCAGCCUCAAUGUGUCCAAUGAGCAAGACACGUCGUGCUUCAUGUGCAGCUAAGGCCCCUGGACCCAGCCCUCGCCUCACCUCAGCAAAGCUGGGAGGCCGCGAGGGCUCUGCUGCUCUCGCUGGGUCCUCAGCAACAAUGGCAUAGGAGAGUGAGGACAUAGAUCAGAAGGACUGGAAUUCUUCAUCCCAUUUUGCUCUGACCACAUGUUUUGAGCUGCAGCCGAUAGCAUGUCACAUUUCCAAAAAGUGGUACCGUGAAGGUGGCAAGAGGGACCUGUCGCAAGGCUUAGCUUCUGCUGCCUGUGACUUCAGAAUGCUCAGGACAGAAAGACACACUCCCCAAAACAAUAACGUGGAGGAGGAGACCUGGCAGUGCCCAUCCCCCAGGCCAAGGACUGAGGCUCCCGCCCCCAGGUCAUCUCACCUAGAUCUUUCUCUACCAGGUCAUCUCAGCUCAGUCUUGAUAACCUCUCGAAAGCCCUGGCCCGUUGUGUUCCUUCACUGUAUGGUUUCUGUAAUAAAGUGUUAAUCCAUGUUAAUCUGUGUGGGAAUUAUCGCGUGCAACAGUAUUUUCUCGUGUACCUUUUUCCUCUGUGACGUGUCCCUCUUUUUUUUUUAUUUAUAAAUGUCUAAUUUUUUUUUUAAGGACAAACAAGUGUGUUGUAGACCUCUAUGUAACCUGUUCCUUACUCUCAUUAUAGGUAUGUUAUAAGGAUGGAUAUUUUACUUGGCUUUAGAAUGUUUUUCAAGAAAAUUAAUUCUUAACUGAUGAGGUCGUUGCUACUAAAGUGCUUGUUUUCAUCAUGACGUCGUGCGUUUCUAAAUUAAUCAUCAUUUUCGUUGUAGAAAAAUGGAGUGAAUUUAUAUUAGUCUUGGAAACUAAUAAUAGCAUUGUAAAUUUAUGAGAUGAUUUUAACAGAAAAAAAUAUAGAAGAAUAUAGUUAUUUUAAUUGUCCUAUUACUAACUGUAGGGUGAGGCGGGUCCUGUUGUGAUGAACUGUUAGAGCUUGUUACUCAGUUUCUUUUUGAUCAUUUUCUCGGUCUCUGAGGUGAAGCGAGUUAUUAAUUGAAUCUGUAAAGUCACAUAUGCAUAUUGUAUAUGUGUAGCGAUGUGAUCACACUGUCUUGGAAUUAAACUGUUUGGAAUCACUAAA